GAGUUGAGCUCGCACCGCACCGCAUUUGUUUUUUCUCCUUGCUUGCAUAGAAAGGCAAAACCCUCGGCGAAGGCGGUGGGCGCUGAGCGUGUACCGGUGGGGGAGGAGCGUAUGGCGACGGCGGAGGUGGAGUCGACGAAGCGGGGGAGAGUGGAGGAUGAGGUGUGGUCACCGCCGGUGAGGGUGAGGGGAAGCGGAGGCGGCGAGGGGCUGAAGCAAUAUUAUAUGCAGCACAUCCACGAUCUCCAGCUCAUUCUCCGGCAGAAGACCCACAAUCUCAAUCGCCUCGAGGCCCAGCGUAACGAUCUCAACUCCCGCGUAAGAAUGCUACGAGAAGAGCUGCAGCUACUUCAGGAACCUGGUUCAUAUGUCGGCGAGGUGGUGAAGGUUAUGGGAAAAUCUAAAGUUUUAGUCAAGGUCCAUCCGGAAGGGAAAUAUGUUGUUGAUAUUGACAAGAACAUUGACAUAACGAAAAUAACACCAUCAACUAGAGUUGCUCUACGGAAUGAUAGCUAUAUGCUUCACUUGGUCUUGCCCAGCAAGGUUGAUCCUUUGGUCAAUCUUAUGAAGGUUGAAAAGGUUCCUGAUUCUACUUAUGAUAUGAUUGGUGGCCUUGAUCAGCAAAUUAAAGAGAUAAAGGAGGUUAUUGAGCUUCCAAUCAAGCAUCCUGAAUUAUUCGAAAGCCUUGGAAUUGCUCAACCAAAGGGUGUUUUGCUUUAUGGGCCUCCUGGUACAGGAAAAACUCUGCUAGCUAGAGCAGUAGCACAUCAUACUGAUUGCACCUUCAUUAGAGUUUCUGGUUCUGAGUUGGUUCAGAAGUAUAUUGGAGAGGGCUCCAGAAUGGUUCGGGAGCUGUUUGUGAUGGCUAGGGAACAUGCUCCAUCAAUCAUUUUCAUGGAUGAAAUCGACAGUAUUGGAUCCGCUAGGAUGGAAUCGGGCAGUGGUAAUGGUGACAGUGAAGUACAACGCACAAUGCUCGAGCUUCUCAAUCAGCUAGACGGGUUUGAAGCGUCGAAUAAAAUCAAAGUUUUAAUGGCUACAAAUCGCAUUGAUAUAUUGGAUCAAGCCCUGCUCAGGCCUGGUCGAAUUGAUAGAAAAAUCGAGUUUCCAAAUCCCAAUGAAGAGUCUCGUUUCGAUAUCUUGAAAAUUCACUCAAGGAAGAUGAACUUAAUGAGGGGGAUUGACCUUAAAAAGAUAGCAGAGAAGAUGAAUGGGGCAUCUGGAGCAGAACUCAAGGCAGUAUGCACAGAAGCAGGGAUGUUUGCUCUCAGGGAGAGAAGAGUACAUGUAACCCAAGAAGAUUUCGAGAUGGCAGUGGCGAAGGUGAUGAAGAAAGAUACGGAGAAAAAUAUGUCACUUCGGAAGCUAUGGAAGUAACUCAGCUUUUUUCUUUUUAUUCUCGGGGUGUCUUUGGAAGAACACAUUGUAUCCAGUUAUCGACUUAAUGGCGCAUCGGCAGACAGCCACUGUUUUCUUGUUCUUCCGGUGGAAAUAUUAUACGUCAUAAGGCUUUUCUCUUCCAUGUGUCGAUGGUUCUAAUAGCCUUCAGAUGUAAUCAUUGGUUGCUGCAUGAUAUUUUGUUUAAGCAUGCUUCACGACGAUAGACGGCAUACGCCGAGUUUCAGCUUAUUCUUCUCUGUUGUUACUGACAUCAUUACAAAAAUCUUAGGCAAUUCGAGUGUGAAUUUAAUAAUCUGUGUGGAGCGGUUUUGAAGUUUUGCAGUUA